CCGUCAAAUGUCACUUCUCCUGCAACCUUAUAACAACACCAUGAGUGAAAAAGCCAACAAAACACGCGCUUCAACCAUGUCGGGGAAAACAUUCUCGGCGCUAGGAAACCUCGUCAAGCUUCUUCCCACCGGCACCGUCUUCCUCUUCCAGUUCCUCAUUCCCGUCGUAACAAACAACGGACACUGCACCACUCUCAACAAGUACCUCACCGGAGCGCUCCUUGUCGUCUGUGCUUUCAACUGCGCUUUCUCUUCCUUUACCGACAGCUACACCGGCACCGACGGUCAGCGCCACUUCGGCAUCGUCACCGCCAAGGGGCUGUGGCCUUCUCCCGCCUCCGAGUCCCUGGACUUGUCCGUAUAUAAGCUCCGGUUCGGAGACUUCGUGCACGCUUUCUUCUCGUUGGUUGUGUUCGCUGUGCUUGGAUUGCUUGAUACGAACACUGUGCGUUGUUUCUAUCCUGAAUUCGAGUCCGGUGAGAAGAUUCUGAUGGAAGUGUUGCCUCCUGUUAUUGGAGUAGUUGCUAGCUCCGUGUUCGUUAUUUUUCCAAAUAAGCGUCAUGGAAUUGGAUACCCUACCACUUCUGAUUCCAAUGAUACUUCUCAGAAGUCUAAGACUUCAUCAUCAUCAUCAGCAUAAUUCAACCAUAUUCGACUAGUCCAUUAUGAAGAUUAUGUGCUUAAUAAGUAUGGAAUUCAGAAGUAUAUUACGCCUUCUUUCUCAGCUCGAUCCAUGUUGAUCUUGCUUUUACCGCCAACAAAAUUGUUCAUAUUCAAAAUACCUUGAAAAAUCUUGAAUCUACUUUUAGUCAAUGUUUAGAUUGGAGAUGGAGAGGGAAUGCUAGUAUUGUUUGGAUUAAAGGAUUUCAAAGAAUAAAUAAACACAUUUAAGGAGAAAGUUUGUGAAUAA